CUUCGUCACAGUGCUCACUCGCGCCGUGAAUGUUGAAAGUGGAACACGCGUUUGUUAAUUCUCGACGAUGUCUCGCGGUACGACGUGAUUUCUUUCUGAAUUUGCAAAACCAGAUCACUACGGAACGUAAUACGCCCAGCGAGUGUAUUACAGAUUAGGUUGGUCUCUUCGGUGAGCCAAAAUGGAAUCUAUGGAUGCGCGUCUUGUGGCGCAAGCAUUGAACUACCAUGGCCAGCAGUUGCAGAAAGUGUGGGAAGGAGAACGCAACGAAAAUGAACUGGUCAUGCUCAAUCUCAAGGAUCCUAGCUUUGAAAUCUAUCAACAACGACAAAAGACUCUCAGUUUUGGAGAUAGAGGCAAACGUCUGAAGCUUCAACAAUUCGUUGCUAAAAAAGCUGACACCCUGUAUGAUAAAGCAAACUUGGAGAAACCUGCAGAAGGCAACAAGCAAGAGCUAGGAGAUGAAGAAUUUUAUGCUACAGUGCCAGCACUUGAUACUUUUGUCACCAUGGAGAAAUCCCAGCGCAUACGCAACUUUUUGGAGAGUUUGGUAGUUGGAGAUGUAAUUUACGCGCAAGUAAUAGGUAAAAGCGCCGCAGGUCUGCUUCUGAAGGUGCUUUGCAACUGCAGUGACUGUCCCAGAGUCGUCACUGAAUUAGGCGUUAAGGCACUGAUAUUAAAUGCGGCCAUUGUGCCGGCGGUGGACAAGAAAGGUGUAACAAGGGGCUACAUGGCAAAUGACCUCGUCUGCGUCGUAGUGAGUGAAGUAAGCGUUGAGGCCGAGCGAGUUGUUGCAGUUAUGAACGUACCUGCCCGGGAAGGGCAAACACCACACCCACCUAUGGGACUUAUCCAUUCCGAUGAUCUUCCAGAAGCCUAUAAGAAAGCGAUGGACAACAAAGGCCAGAGUUAUGAAACGCUGUUGGAGAAUAGUACUGGCUUCAACAAUCCAAACAACAUAAAAUAUCUGAGCGAUUUGAUCAGUCUCGGACAAGAAAAUCAUUCCAAUAUGGUUGGACUGAGAGAGAGAUUUCCGCCGAAUGAAUACUCUUCUGAGUUGCGACAAGCGCAAGCGAGCAAGUGGGCAUUCCGCAGUGUCGCUGAUGGUAUAGAUCAUUUCAAGGCCGGUCGUCAUACCGAAGCUUUCCAGUGUCUCAACAAAGCGCUCACUGUUGAUCCUCGCAAUGUUGAGGGCUUAGUCGCCAGAGGAGCGUUAUAUGCAAAUAGCGGAAGCUUCAAGAAGGCAAUUGACGACUUUGAAACGGCCCUGAAAUUAAAUCAAACGCACGCAAAUGCUCGUAAGUAUAUGGCAGAAACACUGGUUGCGCUCGGCCGCAGUUACGAAGACGAGAAGAAGUAUGAAGAGGCCCAAAAAGCGUAUGAAGAUUGCUUAGCGAUCGCACCGUUUCACGAAGAAGCGCGCAAUUCCAUUGAGUACAUAAAAUCUAAGACUCUUACAGCGCCGCUGAAUCCUCUCGAUACCUUUAAGAGCUUUGAAACCGAGAACGACGUUGUAGAGAAUAAGAAAGAUAAAAAGAAGCGCAAGAAGGAAAGGAAAUCUAGAUCGAAGAAGAGACAGAGAUGGAGUUCCAGCUCAAGUUCGUCAUCCAGUGGAUCUUCGAGCUCUUCAAGUUCAGAAUCGAGCAGCUCGUCGUCGUCCGGAAGCUCGCGAUCCGCAUCCCGCUCACCAAGCCGUAAGCGCAAGCACAAGAAAGAUCACCGUAGCUCACUUUCGCCGCUUAGCAAACGCAUGGCUCAAUAUAAUAAUCCUCCGGCAGCAACUGCUACUACUCACGAUACAGUAACGCCGGCUUCUUAUACCGCAAAUCCGCGCGAGAAAAUGGACGACUAUGAAAUCAGAGUGCGCAAGUUUCUUGAACAAACCAAGGACGAUUCUGAUUACGAAGAUAAGGUAAGAAAGUUCUUGGAGGAGACAGCGAGGUGGAAGAGAGAAAAGGAAAAGAAACAUUCUGAGACUGACAAAAUGAAGAAGAAGAAGAAGAAAGAGAAGAAGGGGAAAGACAAGGAAAAGGAGGACAAGAAAAAUCGAAAGAAGAAGAAGAAGGAAGAACGGAAAAAGCGUAAAAACAAGGACAAGCUCGAGCGAGAUUUAGAUGCUUUGAAAAAAUCAUCUUUACCGGACUUGGAACAGUUAGAAUCCAGACUUAAUGCUUAUUAUGCGAAGGUUGAGAAAGACUGUGCGGCGCUGAAAAGGUAUGUAGCACAGUAUAAUGAGAUACCUUCCCCUCUUAGCAACGCGGAGAAGCUCGCUGAAAGUUCACGUAGGGAGGAGGAGUUACGCAGAGAGAGGGAAAGGGAGAGAGACGAAGCCUCGAAGGCGUAUCACGAACGAGAGUCCAGGGCGCCAAUGACUGCCCAACAGAGGAAAGAAAUCCAAAGGAAACCGCUAUCAGACAUAUUUGAACAAGAUUCUCAACUGAUUCAUCCAGAACCAAAACUCCCCACGUUGGACACCGCUGCGUUGAAUGCAAAAUGGAAAGCUGCGCAAGCUGCUAGACAAAAAGACGUUCCUCCGCAAAAGUGGCAAGAUAUCCCGUCAGAGAGCAAAAAGAUGCAAUCUAACGUUUUCGUGGACAGCGAUGAGGACGAUGACAAUGAAUUGGAGGAAAGGCUGCAACGCGCGGCUCUCGAGAAAUCUUUGAACAUACGAAAACAAAUGCAACGCGAGCUCGCUGAGAAAAGGGCGCUGCCGCCUCAGCCUUCACCGACGCCACCACCACCGCUACCGAAAGAGCCGCCGAUGCCGAAGCAAGCACCCGUCAAGUAUCCUACGCCGCAGCCGCAAAACAAGUUCCAGUCUUACAAGGAUCCUAUGUCCGUGUCGCAGACUUCACCGACCAAGUUCGGUUCUAGCAAUAACCUGGGUGGCAAGUUCCAACCGAUCGGUCAGAACAGCGGAGUUGGACAUCCACCGGAACCACCGCGUUCUUUGCCACCAACGAAAAACCAGAGCCAAGCCAAAGGUCCGAGGACCGAUUCCGACAGCGAAAAUGAGCGAGGUCAACACCGACAGACGCCGAAGAAACGCGACUCGAGCAGCCGGGGUGGUGUGAAUAAGCGUAUGAGCAGAGAUCGUCCUGCGAAACGAUCGCGUAGUCGUUCUCGGAGUGCCUCCAGUUCGGGCUCGUCAAGAUCGCGAUCGCCAAGACGAAGCCGCUCGCGUUCGUAUUCGAAUCGACGAUCCGGCAGUUACGAAAGGAAAUACAGUAGAUCGCCUUCCGGCACGUACAGCCGAUCACGAUCACGCUCUCGAUCCAGAUCGUACAGCAGAAGUCGCAGUCGCAGCAGGUCGAAUGACCGAGGUUACUACCGCAAGAGGCAAUUUCGACCGUACAACAAUCGCGGCACAUAUUACAAACCGCGUUUCCAGGUCUUUAACAAUCCGAACCACCGCGGUGGCGGUAACAAUUUCCAAAAUCGAAAUCGCUUCUAUAACAAUCAACACAACAAUCGCUUCAAUAAUCGCCGUGGUUUCAACAAUCGCGGGGGCCGUGGCGGUCGCGGUAACCGUGGCGGCAGAUUCUUUCAUGGUAAACAAGGCUUUCGUGACUUCCGCGACAGACGAGACUUUAGAGAUCGUCGCGCGUCGUCGCGCGAUCGUUACAGCGAUCGCAGCUACUCACCCGAUCCGAUGAGGAAGGUCGACGAGGCAAAGGAGAAAAUCAACAAGAUGCUCGAGGGUGGCGAAGACGUCGAACAUCAGCAGGGAGGCAGCGGAGGCUCAACUGUGCCGCCCAACAAGAGGCAAGCCGGACCUUUGAGCGAGGGCGAGGAAAGGGACGACGACGACUAUGAGAGAUGGGGAGAUGGAGAAGGAGGCGACGCUGCUAACACCAAGAAUGAGGUGGUCGAACCGGUCGACGAUAAACUGGAAGGCAAGGAGUUCUUCAUUGAGCGCAUGAAGCAGCGAAGCAAGGAUACUUUAAUGCAGAGAGCCAUUGCAGCUAAGAUUUGGUAGAUACAAUCUAUCAUUGCCACCAUCAUGCCGGCUACGUCUCUGCUUCUCUGUGAUAUAGUUGCUUUCGUCGUGUCACCUUUGAUCAACGAUGGCCGACCGAUUGAUGUGAGGCACACCGAAAUAUUUUCAUAGCUUUUUAUGUCGAUCACUUUUGGUAAUUUUCGUUAAUACAAAUUUAUAAUUGUAUUUGUAACGAAAAAGAAAUUUCUUUUAGUGUGUUACUUUAACUUUGUUCCAAUUAAAGUCUAUAAUUUAAACGCCAAGUGAACUAAAUUGUCCUAAAGUCACUUGUACUUGUUAUACAAGGUAAUUCAUGAAGAUUUAUCGAUGAAACAGUUCUUCGGUUUAUUUUUUAAAUAAAAGAAAAAAAGAUUUAAUUGAUUUAAUUUAAUAUUUGAUACAUUAAUAUUAAUGUAUUAAUAUAGAAGAAAUUUAGAAAUGCUAAUGAUACUAGAAAUUAUAAAUCAAGCUAAAGAAUGUUUCAUGAAUCAUCUCGUAUAGCAAUAAUUAAAAUGUUUGGUGUCAAUUCGUUAAUAUGCAGUGUGUACUUUCAAACGCUAUAUCGUAAGACUAUACAGAUUAUAAAGACAAAUGUCGUGUAUAUCGUAAUGCUGGCUGAAUGGCUCUUCAUUGUCAUUCGUUAUCGAAAGCGGAAGUCGGUCUUUUUUCAUUAUCGUAUCCGGUGGUGUAUACAUUUAGUUUAUGCGUUAAAAAAAAAAAAAAAAUUCAAAAUCAAGUUGAAAUAAAGGGGAAAUUGCGCGCUUCUAUUUCGAGAACUCUAAAAUCUUAGGAGGUCGUAUCGCGCAACUUGUGUUUUAACGCCUAACAACAAAGCUUUAGUGCUUUUUGAUAGUCGAGGACGGAACCAAUAACAUAAUAGAUCCUUCCUAGAUCGAACAUCCCUCCCGAUUCUAGAUAGAGCGUUGUUCGAGAGAGAAAUGCCAUUAAUAACUUCUUUAUUACAAUUGUUUAUUUUAAGCCGUAAUACAGGUAAUUUGGUAGCGUAAGAUUCUUAUAUAUGUUGUAAACAAGUUUCUGUACAAUUGAGAAUCCCACAAAUAUAUAACACAAAACUGCAA